AUGUAUAAGUCGACAAACAGUGAACCAUUAUCAGAAGAUAUGGUGGCACGAUAUCUAUUACGUAAACCAAAUUUUCUAAAGCGUUGGUUUAAAGACAAUGCUACAAAUGAUUUAUUACACGAAUGUAUUCGAAUUAAACAGCAAAAAGAGUAUUUAACAAAACCACGAGCAUCCAUUACCCAUGAAAUGUUCAAUAAUAUUUUGCAAGGUAAUCGUUCUAAUCGUGAAACAAGCAUUAGCCAUCCCAGUGUCGAUUAUAUGAAUUUAAAUGAACACGAAUUAUUUACUGAACUGAUUCGUGAUAUAGCCAAUGAGUUAAAUGUCGACGUUGUCUGUCAUAAAAUAUUGACAAAUGUAUCAAUAUUGACUAAUAGUGAUCGAGGUAGUCUAUUUCUUGCACGUGGUCCAAUGGAUGGAAGAUAUUUAAUAUCAAAAUUAUUUGAUGUUACUGCUGGUAGUACAUUAGAACAAUCACUACACUCAGAGGAUCAACAAAUCAUUAUACCAUUUGGAAAGGGAAUUGCGGGUCACGUAGCAUUAACGAAAGAGUCAUUUUUACCACUAUUUUUUGGAGAAUUCUAUCAUUCAGCAAAAUUUAAGAACUAUACUAGUAAUUGA